UGGCAAGCACUAGCAAAUAAUUUACCCACGUUUGGGAAAAGAGAGAAGCCCGAUCAUCAUCAUGCUUGUAGCGUGGCAAAGUGCUAAAGGACAAAAGACACAGCUGACGUGGGACACGGCUGCCACCGAGUCUUCAUCCCAUGUAUCGGAGCUUCCUGCUUCCCGCAGGUGCUGGCCACACGCCCAUCCUCAACUCCUCACAUUCCCCAGCCACGCCCGACACGACCCAUUUAGACCGACGUGAUACUCUCCCGACUCAAUCUCCUCGCAACCCUCUUCGUUAAAUCACAAGGGGUGUUUGUAAUUGAAAUCUAAUCUGCUAAAGCAUCACUAGCUAGCGGAGAAAUGAGCAUGAGUUCAGAGGAAAGUCCUGAAUCAACACUUGAACCCGUCAGCAGGGUGGUCCAGACACCAACAACCAAGUGCCAGUCCGGCAGGAAGCAUCAGGGGAAAGUGCCAAAAAGAAUUCACAAGGCUGAGAGGGAGAAAAUGAAGCGGGAGCACUUAAAUGACCUCUUCCUCUCUUUGGCCAAUGCUCUCGAAGUGUCUGAGGAGACAAAUGGAAAGGCUUCUGUAUUAAGUGAAGCUAUUAGAUUUGUGAAGGACAUGCUUGCUCAGAUUGAGUCUCUUAGAAGUGAAAAUGCAGCUUUAUCAUCAGAAUCUCAAUAUAUGACUAUGGAAAAGGAGGAGCUCCAAGACGAGACUAAUUCUUUAGAGUCUCAAAUUGCGGAACUGCAAAAUCAGGUAAGAGAGAGAGUAGGCGAAGCAGAACUUGACUUGAAUGCAACUCCUGGAGGUCAGUUCGAUGGGUCAACACCACAUCAAGUUGAUGAUUGCUUCAGAUUUCCUGCUCUAGGGCCUGCAAUUCAGCAACCUCAAAAUGUAAAACCUGUAUACGUCAUCCCAUUAUGUUCCGAUCCCAGUGUUUUCCAACAGCCUGGUAAUGCGGAGACCGCUUCGAGCCCUCUAACAACGGUGAGCAAACCACAAGCUAGGUACCCCACUCCUGCUGAUACAUGGACAUCGCAACUCCUUGAAAAGCAUCCUGAUUUAGGUGGAGGAGAUGAACAUUGUGGUGGCCGCAGCUGUUAAUAUACGGUCCAUAAGCCCAAAUAGAGUACUCACAUAGUUGCACUUCUAGUUCCCUUAGUUUCUCAACUUGCAGUUUACUGCUUUUUAGUUUAGUUGGGUAUGCUUUUAUGGCAAAUACAAUUUGAAUGUUUUCAUGUUUGAGAGGGUGGAAGAAUUGACUCUGAUGUCUUUUUAGUAUCCAGCAAAAUCAUCAAUCUAUUGUAGCAUUGGAAAUAGAUAAGAUGUCCAAACAAUGCAUGAUCCUGAAGCAAUGCAUCCACUUUCCUCGAGGUGUUUCCCACUG